AUGGCACCAUCAGCCAUCUCGCCCCCUUCCUCCCCCCAACUUUCCUCCACCGUCCCUUCCUCAGACAUCUCUGCAUACCGCGGCUACCACCAUGUCCACUGGUAUGUUGGCAACGCCAAACAAGCCGCCUCAUACUAUGUAACCCGCAUGGGCUUCUCGCGCGUCGCCUACCGCGGCCUAGAAACCGGAUCGCGCGCAACGGCCUCACACGUCCAAAGCAACCGCUUCAGCCCCGAAGACGAGGCCCUGCUCCGCGAAAUCCACGCCCACCAAGAACGCCACGGCGAUGCGGUCAAAGACGUAGCCUUUGAAGUCGAAAACGUAGACGCCAUGUACACGGCCGCCGUGCACAACGGCGCCGUCGUCGUGAAAGAACCACACACCGUCUCCGACACCCACGGCUCCGUUCGCAUGGCCACCAUCCGUACCUACGGCGACACAACGCACACCCUCAUCCAAAAACCCAUUUCCUACACCGGCGUCUUCCUCCCGACCUUUGCCCCCGUCCCCACCACCACCAUCGACCCCCUAUCCAAACACCUCCCACCCAUCCCCCUCUCCGCAAUCGACCACUGCGUCGGCAACCAAGACUGGGACGAAAUGGAAAGCGCAUGCGCCUACUACGAACAAGUCCUCGGCUUCCACCGCUUCUGGAGCGUCGACGACAAGGCCAUAUGCACCGAAUACUCUGCCCUAAAAUCCAUCGUCAUGAGCUCGCCCGGCGACAUCGUCAAGAUGCCCAUCAAUGAACCGGCAAAGGGCAAGAAACAAUCGCAAAUCGAGGAAUACGUGGAUUUCUACGGCGGCCCGGGCGUCCAGCACAUUGCCCUGCGCACGCCGGACAUUGUGGCUGCGAUUACCAAUCUCAAGGCCCGUGGCGUCGAGUUCAUAAAGGUGCCGGAUACAUAUUAUGAGGAGAUGAGGGCGCGGCUGAAGAAGGCGGGUAUGAAGCUGAAUGAGGAUUUUGAGACGUUGCGGGCGCUGGAUAUUUUGAUUGAUUUUGACGAGGGCGGGUAUUUGUUGCAGCUUUUUACAAAGCAUUUGAUGGAUCGGCCGACGGUGUUUGUGGAGAUUAUUCAGAGGAAUAAUUUUGAGGGCUUUGGGGCUGGGAACUUUAAGAGCCUGUUUGAGGCGAUUGAGAGGGAGCAGGAUGCUAGGGGGAAUCUGGUUUGA